CUCCAAUUUUUAUCCCUUGACAAGACGAUCUUGAAACCACAACAUCUGCUUGUGGUUUCACCAGGAAAAACAGAUCUCAGCGGCUUUUAUCGCCGCAUUCUCAAAUGACAGCAGCGUUUUUGAAUAUUGGCGGCUACCUUUUUGUCUUCUCCUUGUUGUUAUUAGCAACAUUGACUCCACACGUUGGAGCCAAUGUUGCUGUCUUCGACAACUACUGGUUACAACGUCAAGGCGAUGCGUUGAAACAAACCAUUGCCUCUUUCGAUCCUAAUCCUCUUAACGUCACCGACCAUUUGAAUUACCAUGUCGCUUUAGCCGUGGGCGCCACGGAAUCAAUCAACAGCACAAGGAGAGAGCUCUCACAGGUGAGAAAUGGCCGGAAACUAAAGAGAAGCGGAAAAUGCGUAGCGUACAACCCUAUAGACAGAUGCUGGCGAUGCCACGGUGACUGGGAGAAAAACCGUAAGAAACUAGCGGACUGUGUGCUCGGAUUCGGCAGGAGAACCACCGGAGGAAAAGACGGACCCAUCUACGUCGUCAACGACGCCUCCGAUGACGAUCUUAUCAACCCAAAGCCAGGAACGUUAAGGCACGCGGUGACAAGAGACGGACCGCUUUGGAUCAUAUUCGGAAGCAGCAUGAUCAUUAACUUGCAACAAGAACUGAUCAUAACGAGCGAUAAAACAAUAGACGGACGAGGAGCUAGGGUUUACAUCAUGGAAGGUGCUGGAUUAACGCUGCAGUUUGUGAACAAUGUGAUCAUACACAAUAUUUAUAUCAAGCACGUUGUUCCUAAGAGCGGUGGUUUGAUCAGAGACUCUGAGCAGCAUAUAGGGCUUAGGACAGUGAGUGAUGGCGAUGGAAUCAGUUUGUUUGGUGCAACUAAUGUUUGGAUCGAUCAUGUCUCGAUGACUAGAUGUUCAGAUGGUAUGAUCGAUGCGAUUCUUGGCUCCACUGCUAUAACUAUUUCCAACAGCCAUUUCACCGACCAUGAAGAGGUGAUGCUAUUUGGGGCAAAUGACAAGCACGUGAUCGACAAGAAAAUGCAGAUAACGGUUGCGUUCAACCACUUUGGUAAGAGACUGGAUCAAAGGAUGCCUCGUUGCAGAUUCGGAACGAUCCAUGUGGUGAACAAUGACUACACACAUUGGGAGAUGUACGCAAUUGGUGGAAACAUGAACCCUACAAUCAUUAGCCAAGGCAACCGUUUCAUUGCUCCUCCUAACGAACAAGCCAAACAGAUUACAAAGAGAGAGUACACACCUUACGUUGACUGGAAAAUGUGGAAUUGGCAAUCAGAAGGAGAUUACUUCUUGAAUGGAGCUUACUUUGUGCAAUCCGGAAAACAAAAUGCAUGGAGCCCUAAACCGGUUAACCCUGUCCCAAGAAAGUUUGCCAUACGACCUCAACCGGGAACAAUGGUACGUAAACUCACCAUGGACGCAGGAGCACUUGGGUGCAAGCCGGGCACACCCUGCUGAUUAAAAUUACCAUUUUGUCCCCUUCCAACCAAAAAAGCUCAUGCUUGUUAGUUGCUUGUUGUCCAAGAAAAGAGAGAAAGGAGAAAUUAAGCAGAAGGGAGUGUUUUCCUAUGAGUGGGGUUAAUUAUUCUUUUUAUAAUUCAGGUUCAUUUUCAUGUGGAAGAAAGAAAAAAGAAGAAAUAAACCUUAGAUCUAAUAUAAAAUCUCCCUCUAUUUUUUCAUUAAAUCUCUUGUCUUGUCUCAUGUGUUGAUGCUUCAAAAAGGAGAUAAAAGUUUGGCAUUAAUUUGAUCAGUGUCAUUAGGUUUUUGUCGUUGUUUAUGACAAACUUACAAUGAAUUGAGAACUAAAAUAUAAAUCACUAUCCUUCAUGCAAUAUAUAUCUCUGUUUGGUUUAGUAGAGCUUGCUAGUUGUUUUGAUACUGCCUAUCUAUCCUAUACUAAAAGCAAUAUAUGGAGUGUUUUUAACAUGUCCACGUAGGCAAAUUUAUUUGGCCAAUCAAAACAUUUUAAUAAUCCACGUAGAUCUGUUCAGUAAACUGUUGAUUUUGUAUGGGCUCUAAUAUGUUCCGAUGGGCUUCAUUGGUUAGCAAUGGACUGAGCUAUCCGGUUCAAUUAAAAAAAACAUGUAACCGCAGCGUUCAUCGCUUUCCUUCCUCCACAAAUAAACUCGCCGUCUCCGUUAAUUCUUAAUCUUCAGAGUUUCUCUUCUCAUCUCUUCAUAUUCCCUGAAGUUCAAUGUAUUCUUAAAAUUUGGCAAUUCUAGCACCGCUCCCGUAGUCCUCUAACAGGAAGCUGACAACUUCACUGACGAACCACCAGAGCGAUGGCGCUCACCUGGGGAUCUACCACACCAGAGAUCCAACCGAACCGCAACGAGAGAGAAAGGUACCACCUUGACGACGACGGACGCUUCCUCCUCCAUCUUGAUGAUCAGGUACCGGGUGGGGAGACGAGAUGAGCUCCGACGAGGCUGCCGGAAGACGCAGCGCCUCCACCCACGGAGAACACGAAGCUUGAAGGUGAUUUGUUCUGGGUUUAGUUUUGCUGAUUUGAGUCGAGUUUGGGUUGUGGAUGAAGAAGUGUAAGAGAGUAGUUAUUGUGGUGUUGAUGAUGAUUGUUUGGAGAUGUUCAUGCCGUUUAUUAGUGAAAGAUUGAGUAAAGAGGUUGGUUCUGACUCUUGCACCGUUGUUUAAUUUGCUGGAAUCGUAGCUUCUCAGCUUCUUUUGCUUGAUAUUUGAUUCGGAGUUAGGAAGAGAUCUGCGAGAAUCUGUGCUUCAGAAGAUCUUUGGGUUCCACAGUUGCUACUUCUUUGAUGGCAUUAUAAAGAUGCUUCUGGUGGAGCCAUAUCUGCAUUUGACUCCACUAUUGGGUUCAGAAGACGAAACUGCUUUAACUGAAACCAUAACAGAAGCUAUGACUGAAUUGGCGGAGAGGCUAUGAAGUGGAAAAUCCGAAAGAAGUUUGCAGUUAAAGAACAUUGCUAUCAACUGGUAGUUUCUUUUUGGCAAGGCCUCCCUUAGAUCAAGAGGAAACCUGCAGAUACAUGAACAUGUUCUCCAAUUCACGUACACCCUAUCACUUGGUCAACUGGGUGAUCAGUCAAGGUGAAGUGAUCAGAGAUGUGGACGCACCGCUAAACUCUACGCCUGCAUCCUUCAUCGAGUGGUGUGUAUCGCUUGAAGAACAAGGACUAAAGGUUUUGACUGUGACCAUUCCAACAUUGACACAACAAGUUUGAAGAGAAGUCCAGAUUGCAACCUUUUGUAUUCUCGGAUCGUUUUGUGAAUGGGACUAAGGUUGGAGUUUCAGACAUGAAGCUAUGAGUGCUGAACCACCCACCACUUGAAAAUAGGCUUAGCAUGAAACCCUGGAAAUGUAAGGAUGCUGCAGAAGUAGUAAUUGUUGUCCAGAGAUUCUAACAUGUCACUUCGUAACAUUUUUAGGAUCUACUACUUUUUUUUUGAUCAAGUAGGAUCUACUACUUAACCAAGAAAAUAACUACUAUUGUGGAUCUUUGUAUUGUAAAGCAGACUCUUAAAGUCUUUUAGAGAUCAGUGGUGUUCUUUGAAAGGUC